AUGACCAGCUUAGACCCACGUCGGGGGACGGUGAGAUGGUGUCGCCAUCGCAGUGCAGUCCAGCUCAUCACCUCCCUCACCAUCCUGCUUGGUGGCCUGCUCUCGACGGCGUACAGCAGUCCAGUGUUUCCGUUCACGUCGUUUCAAGCUAGCAGAAACCUACGUCACUUACCUUGCGUCGUACGCAACACUGGCCAGGAAGGCAUUUGCAUGUUCGCUAUCAACUGCUUCAAAGCAAACGGCACACAUUUAGGAGUGUGCAUUGAUAAGAUAUUCUUCGGUUCCUGCUGUCAGGUUAACGAUGACCGGUUACUGUUCGAGCCGGACAUAACGGACAACAGUAUAGACCACAACUCGGUGACCCACUUCCAGCACUUCCCGCCGCAAACGUCUGUGAUGAACACGCACCGAAAGCCGCCGCUCACCGAAACGCGCCUCCCAACGACGCCGGCGGUGAACGGGACGCACAAGUACGAACUGGUUAGCAGCUCAUCGUCCACGACCAGCCGAACGACAUCGAAAACGAACCGCAGACCGACCAUGACGACCGCUCGCACAACGAAAGCGCCACUGAAGGUCCAGCAGAAGGACGAACUACAGACUACGACCGAGUAUCAGGAGUUCACGACAUUCCAGUACGUGCAGAGUAGUAAAAAUCCCGCCCCAAGCUCUGGUUCUUCGAUGACCAGCAAUAAACGCCCGCCGGCAAGGCCCAGUCAAAGCUCCAUCCCUGUAACGGAAGGCACACGACUUCCGCCGACUAAGACUACGACUCAGAAACCGUACAAAACGAGACGUCCUACGAUCAACAAAACGACAACGCGAGGUCCCAGUCGACGACCACCUCAACCGACGACAACUACUGAAGUACCGACAACGACACCUCCAUCGCCGACCCGGAAAGUGACAAGCCAGGGAACGAGACAACCUGUUCAGACUAACGCUACCACUACCAUCGGUUCACGGAGACCUCCGAGCACGAUUGCGGCCGCUUCCCAAACAACUAUCGCAGCUCGACGACCGACAACGUCGCAGACUUCCUCGAAACCAGAGUCCACGACUCCUUCCGUGACGUACUCUCGACGACCGACCACAUCGCCGGCCUUUGUACCGCUGACAAAACCCAACCGAAGACGGCCAACACCGACAACGACGACGACGACGACCACGACGACAACCACAACGACGACAUCGACCAGUCCUGAUACGACGAGAGCUCCUCGUCCAAGACCUAAACCUACGUCGCAGGUGGCAACUGUUCCGGCCACCUCGUUGGAUCAUCUUAUAGAGACAGAUUCGUCCCCUUCGAGUUCGUCUAGUGUGCGGUAUACCUCGACAACAGUGAAGGUCACGCAGGCCACUACGCCAACCCCAACUCCGAAACCGGUCUCACCCUCUUCAACACAAAAAACGGCCACGACUCAAUCCGAUCCGAUCGUACAAUCUUCUUCGGUGAAAGUUCCCGAGUCUCCUGUGCGACCCAGCGAUUCCGAGGACUUGGCGACGCUCUCUAGACCUGGUCUCGUCACGUGGACCAGCAUCCUCGAGGACACACCCACCGAGCGACCGAGCGUCAACCAAGGCCCUACCACGUCCAACAGCUGGAUACUCAUACAGACACUAACACCCGAAGAAGUCAUUGCCAGUAAUCAAACUAACCAGCAUGAACCAUCUUCAUCACCAACCCACUUGCCACCCGCUUCAGUCGAGGUGUCCUUCGCGCAGGACACCAAGCUUCCGAUCGAGACGCUCCUGCCAGGGGCGGCCUACGUCUACGACACGGUCCAGGAGGAGCAGAAUCACACCGCCGGUCCGCUGGGCGAUCUCUCGGUGCACUCGCAAGUGACGUCUCCUUCGACGGCCAAACCUGAAGUGAUCCUCGGAUCGCCCGAUGGGAAGACCACCGAAGGUCCGCACGCGAGCACCGAAGAGAGCACCACGAACCGACACUCCGUCAUCCAUUCGAGUACUGCCGAGGCGCCAGUCACCAAAGGUGUCCCCACGACAACAACGACAACCACUACGUCUACGACGACAACGACAACAACGACGACGCAAAAGACAACCACCACAACCGUGGCGUCGGGCACGAAGUCCCCUGCUAUCAAGCCCGGUAGCGCCACGACGAUCGGAACAACCGAUCUGCCGGCUCCUGUGACGUCGUCCACCGUCGUCUCAUCACCAUCACCAUCGCCUUCAUCAACUCCACCGUCGUUCCAUUUUACAUCCUCCGCCGCACCGACACUCACGACCACGGGUGACGCGUCGGUGACCGGCUCCGAGCCGUCAUCGGCGGCAUCUAGCGAGGAAUCUGGAACGUCUACCACAACAGACGCCUGGUCGUUUUCACCUUCGACGACGCUGCAGAAGCGUCCGGUGGACGCAUCUUCCACGACCGAAGCUGUAAUCGUCCGCGAGAGCACGACGGCCCAGGUGGAGGAGUCGCCCGAGAGCGCCCUGGAGGGAAGCGGUGACGAGGAGGAGGAGGAGAUGAGUGGCAGCGAGGAAGAGGAAGGAGAAGAGGGCGAAGAGGAGGAGGGCGAGGAGGGAGCGGAUGAAAGUGGGGAAACGGCCGAGGCAGGCACAACCACAGCCUCCCUUCCCAGUGCUUCGACGAUGGCGACGGACACAGGCGAGCAUAAAGUGACGAACGUAAGCCUUGCGUCGUCUCCCCCGGUUACUACCUUGGUUCCCCCGACCUCAGCGAGUGGGAUGUCCUCGACCUCGACGACACUUCAGCAGCAGAACGGCAGUACGACCUCAACCUUGUCACCAACGUCAGCGCUCGGUGGCACUAACGUGACAGUUCCUGCCGGAGGAUCAUCCUCGUCGACGCUGUCAUCGUCGGUCGGUUCUUCCGCAUCGCCAACGACCGCCGGCCCCCCUCCGGCGACGUCCGACCGUGGUCCACCAGGGGCUGAAGCCACCACCGGAAUGCCCGUCAAGUUCCCUCAGGAAACCGCAGCCAACCAAUCGACUUCAUGGACGACGACGACGACGACAUUGGCGAGCCUGGCAAACGUCACCACGGACGGCGUUACGCUGGCACCGGACUUCCUGACCACCUCCACGCUACCCUCGCUCGAGGGCAUCGAGUACCGAUCAGUUUGCGGCAAACGGAUGUUCCCGGAGCCGAGGAUCGUCGGAGGCACGAAGGCAGCGUUUGGUCGGUGGCCCUGGCAGAUCUCGCUUCGCCAGUGGCGAACGUCCACCUAUCUGCACAAGUGCGGUGCGGCGCUGCUGAACGAAAACUGGGCCAUCACGGCGGCCCACUGCGUGGACAAUGUUCCACCGUCGGACCUGUUGCUUCGGUUAGGCGAGUACGAUCUGGCGCUGGAGGAGGAACCGUACGGCUACCAGGAGCGCCGGGUGCAGAUCGUCGCCUCGCAUCCCCAGUUCGAUCCGAGAACUUUCGAAUAUGAUCUGGCACUUUUGAGGUUCUACGAGCCGGUCGUCUUCCAGCCGAACAUCAUUCCCGUGUGCGUGCCGGAGAACGAUGAGAACUUCAUCGGCCGGACGGCGUUUGUGACCGGUUGGGGUCGGCUGUACGAAGAUGGCCCUCUGCCGAGCGUACUGCAAGAGGUCACCGUGCCCGUGAUCGAGAACAAGAUCUGCGAGACGAUGUACCGGAGUGCGGGCUACAUCGAGCACAUUCCGCACAUCUUCAUCUGCGCCGGCUGGAAGAAGGGCGGCUACGACUCGUGCGAGGGCGACUCCGGUGGCCCGAUGGUGAUCCAACGUCCCGAUAAGCGCUUCCUGCUGGCCGGUGUCAUCUCCUGGGGCAUUGGGUGUGCCGAGCCGAACCAGCCCGGUGUCUACACCAGGAUAUCCGAGUUCCGGGACUGGAUUAACCAGAUUCUGCAAUUCUAA